AUGGAUUCCCCAAUAGUCACACAGCUCUUUCGACAGCUCUUCACACACAGAGCUUGUCUUCAACGCCAUCGCCUGAGCACGUUACAGCUUAGCAAUACACAACGACGAUAUGCAUCGGACGACCUCUUCAAGCGUGCCCCGACGAACGAAAGUAAUUGGCACAAAAGAUCGGCCGUGUUCCAACAAGACAAAGCAGAGGAGUUUAGUAAAUUCCCAAUCGUGGACUCCACAUGGCUGAAAGCACGAAAGAGAAGGCCAAAACGUGUCAAGAUGCUCAUGCGGGACUUCAUUGAAGACAGUCUAUAUAACCCCAGUUAUGGCUACUUUUCCAAGCAAGCAGUCAUCUUCUCGCCCGGAGAGCCAUUCGAAUUCGUGAAACUCAAGAGCGAGCGCGACUUCCACAACUUACUCGGCCAGAGAUAUACCGAAUUCGAGGACGAGCUGGACAAGGAAUCAAUAAACAUAUCGCGUCAGCUAUGGCACACGCCGACAGAGCUGUUCAGGCCAUACUACGGCGAAGCUAUAGCUCGCUAUCUUGUCGAGAACUACAAGCUGGCUUUAUACCCAUAUCACGACCUCCUCCUGUACGAGAUGGGUGCUGGAAAUGGUACGCUCAUGAUCAACAUACUCGACUACAUCCGCGAUGUGCAUCCCGAAGUGUACGAACGCACGCGCUACAAGAUCAUCGAGAUUUCCACCUCCUUAGCCAGUCUACAGGCCCAUCAGCUCAAGCGCACCGCCGCAGCACGAGGCCACGCAGACAAGGUCGAGAUCAUAAACCGCUCCAUCUUCGACUGGGACACGUACGUCUCGUCCCCUUGCUUCUUCCUCGCGCUCGAGGUCUUCGACAACUUCGCCCACGACGCCCUGCGCUACGACUCCGUAACCCAGGAAGCAUACCAGGCGUACGCCCUCAUCGACGACCAGGGUGAUUUCUUCGAGUUUUACACAAGGGAGCUCGAUGAGCUGACGCAGCGGUUCCUGCGGGUGCGGCAGCAGGCUUGCGCCGACAUGGAAUACCGACAUCCGCUCCGCGAGGGCGUGUAUCAGCGAAAGCUCAGGAAUCUCUUCCAAGGAGGCAUGCACCUCACGCAGCCAGAGUAUAUCCCGACGCGACUGCUGCAGUUUUUCGAUGUGCUUUAUAACUACUUCCCCGGUCAUCGGCUCGUGACGAGUGAUUUUAGCAGCCUGCCGGACGCAGUCGAGGGCGUGAAUGCGCCGGUCGUGCAGACGAGAUAUAAGCGGAAGACUGUGCCCGUGACGACUCCUCUGGUGCACCAAGGCUACUUCGACCACCUCUUCCCAACCGAUUUCCAGGUUACCGAAGGAGUCUACCGCGCCGUCACGGGCAAACUCACCAAAGUGGUGGCGCAUGAAGACUUUAUGAAGAGCUGGGCGUUGAUUGAAGAAACGGCGACGAAGAAUGGGGAGAACCCUCUGUUGAGCUGGUACAAGAACGCCAGUGUGUUGUUCACGGUGUAG